CGCUCUACAUACAUUCCAUUCUUGAAAUAAUAUAUAUAGUUGCAUUUGUUGAACUAAAAAACAUUUCUCAAAUGCAAACUUAAACCACAGCACCCAUCACCACUACACCUUCCACACCAAACAUCAUCUAUCCAUCCAUCCACCCAUCCAUCUAUCCAUCUCCCAUUGUUCAUCCAAUUCCCAAUACACUAAUGGCCAAAGAUGAUCAAGACUUCAGCUUCCCAGCCACCGUAGAAACCCCACCGCCGCCGCGUUUUCUCGAACUGCCGCCGGUUUGGUGGCGGACAUCGGCGGCCUCCCACCGUGAGAGCCCCAAGAAAGGAGAAGAUGAUGAUAACUUCUGCUAUUUCUCUUCAUUGUCAAAGGAGGCCACUCAUGCCCAAAGAAGGAGCUUUUCUUGCAUAGAAGGAAGAACAAAGAGGAGAGAUGAAGAAGAAGAAGAGGAGGAGAAGAUGGACAUGUUAUGGGAGGAUUUCAAUGAAGAGUACAAGAGAAGUAGAGAUUUGAAAUUUGUGCAGUCCUUGAAGCUCACCAAAGCUGUGAAGAGGCCAAGAAUGGUGGUUGUUAUGAAGGUGUUGAAGAAGGUGUUCUUGCUUCAUCAUUCUCACCAUUCAAUUUUCAAGAAACAUCCAUAAUCUCUUGUUGUGUUAUUUUGUCUUCUUUUGAUUCUAAUGCACAUAAUUUUUGUUUUUUAUCCAAAA